CGAUACAUGAUGAUGACAUUGAUCAGGAGCUACCUGAUUGCAUCGAUGACGACAACAUUCUUCAAGACCGACUUCUAGCCAGAUCAGCCCAUACACAAAGUGUCAUGCAAGCCUCCAUCUGUCAUAUCAAGUAUACACACCUCCAAACUCCAUACCCUCACAUUCAGCUAACUCUUCAUCAGACUCGCUAGAAUACUCAGCGGUAUUCUCAAAGAACAAUACAGCAUCAAUCCCUUACCAACUUCAUCUCAAGCCCUCGUUACCAUCAAGUAUGAUGCCGCUUUACAAUCAUGGCACGCGGAUUCCUCGGCCUUUGUCACCAAAACAUGGCAGGAUAUACUCCUCAUGGCACCGCCAUUCUCGAGACAAUGCGAAGUGUUGAUACAUGCAUAUUCGCACGCGGUGAUUUUACUACACAGACCGCUCCUGCUCUGCGAUGUUAGAAGUCAUGAUGACAGAGUCGCGGUGCAGAGAAGUGCAGAAGCUUGUAUUGAUGCUGCUCUGACGGUACUAGACUCAUUUGUAAAGUCCUGUGAGGGUGGUAGAAUGUUCGGUGCUUUUUGGUUGAUGCAAUACUACGUCUUCUGCGCGAUAGCUGUUCUCUACGUCUGCAUCAUUCGCAAAUUCUCCGCUUCGAGCUGUUGGCGUGAACAUCUAGCAACGGCAGAUCGAUGCCAAAAUUUACUUUCUCGACAUGCGUCGCAAGUGUCCUUUGCACGACGUUACAGCAUCUUUCUAGGCGAGCUAAGAAGCGAGGCCGAGAGAAAAGUCGAGCGAAGUAAUCCUGGUGCCGCUACAAAUAGCAUAAGGUCUUCUAGGAUGAGUGUACAAGGGGAUGAAGAAGCACAGGUGGUAGACUCUCAACAGCAGCACGAUAUGCUUGCACCGUCUUUCGACAUGACUGAUGUAGACCCGGCUACGGUGUCGUCUCUGUUCGACGAGUUGACCAAUUGGGAAGAGCUGGACUCGUUUGUCAUGGCGGGUAUUGAUCUCGACUUCGACGCCGCAUUUGCAUCGGCGACAGGGCCUACUCAUAUGAUAUGAGCUCAUUGAUAACGAGAAACACGCCACACACACAAUCUAGCUGUUUUUGCAAUACAG